AAACACGGUAGGCGACGGUCACUAAUUUAAAAGUUUUGCUACACGAUUUUUCCAAAUAAAGUAUUUGCGGACUGACCUGUUCAUUUUAACAUAAAGAAGCAAAUGACUUUAAAGUUUGUCUGUUUUUACAAAUUGAAAGGGCAUAGAAGAAAAAGAAGUUUCAUGGAGUCUAUUUUGAACUCAUUUUAGAUCUAUAUAAGAAACAUGAGGGUGAGAUUAAGAAACAUGGCUAGGCUGAAAGUCUAAAACAUAAUUUUUAAAAAUGCAAGGAAUACUAACCAUUAAUAAUGUAACGGAAAACUUCUUUAAUUUUUUCAAUAAAAUACAAAGUUGUGUUGUCUAAAUAUCAAAAUUUGUGACGCUUCCACCGCAAUGACUUCAACAUAAAUGGUUUUAAAUAUAUCAUAUAGCUCUAUGUAUAUAAUUUUUUAACAAAUUCAAUAAAUAAAAGGAUUAGCCUGUUUCUAUAGCCGCUUCACAUUUUAUAUCCUAGUAUAUACUGAAACCCUGUAAGGUAAAAGAAGAAAAACACGAGUAAGAACUAUGAAAAUUAAAAAACAUUUGAAGCUUUUAGUGGCCCCCAGUGGAAACAAUCCACUAACUAUAGGUUUUUGUGAUUUUCUGGGCUAGCCACUGUAUAUUCGUUGAUAACUGACUGUUAUUCUCUGACCUAACAUACUAAGAUAAAAUACAAAUCGGAUCGGGUUAACUAUCGGAUAAAUAUAAACGGGAUACAUAUACACGUCCCUUCCUACUGUUUUUUUUUUUUUAUUUUUUUUUUUAUUUUUUUUUUUAUUUUUUUAUUUUUUUAUUUUUUUUUUUUACCCUAGGAAAAAUAAAAGAAACAAGUGAGGGAAAAUAUAUAAAUCCUUCAUUCCUAUUUCAUAAAAAAAUCGUUGUAUGGAGACGGUAACCGUCUCUCUCGUGUUGAGCGUCUUGGUAAGGGAGCAGGUGGAGGAGUUGAUCCCUGCUCAGUUGAAUGUUCAUUGCUUUCAUCGUUAUUUGUGUCGUUUGUGUUCAUUAUUUCUUCUUGCUGUUCUUGUAUAUGUGGGGGAACAAUCGUGUGUUCACCAUUUUUAGUUUCUUUGACAUUCAACUUUCUCAUUUCCGGUACUAAAUCGGGAAUAACAACAUCUUUGGUGCAUUCUUGUGGAAUUUUUCGAAGGAACCGGCGGUUUCUUAAUGUUAACCUCUGGCUUCCAUCCACAAUAACCCUGUAUUGUUUGUGAGGUAAUGCGUCAGCAAUGCAGCCAGUCUUGUCCCAUUUAUUGGGAUGGUUGCCGUGUUGGUUUUGGAUCGCGACCGAAUCACCGACCUGUAGGUGUUGUAGCGAGUGUCGAUCCCCCUUGUUUGACAGUUCAAAUCGACGGGCGUGUGUCAUUUCACGUGCGUCAGCAAGGUCGGACCACUCCCUUCUGAAAGUGAUUGGUUGUGGUAGAUGGUCAGGGAGGUUUCUUCCAAACAGUAACUCGGCUGGAGAAAUUCCCAUGUCUGGUGCAGGCGUGUUCCGGUGAAGUAGGAGUGCUUUGGUUACUGCUUCGGUAUCGAGAGAACCAGUUGGACUGACGUUCGAUGUGAGGAUGCGUUUCAUGGUUUUUACAGCUACCUCGGCUCUUCCGUUACUUUCCGGUAGGUAUGCUGACGAUAAUCUGUGACGUAUUCCCCAGUUGUUGAGGAACGCGUUGAACUCGUUUGAUUCGUAUGGCGGACCUCCAUCGGAUGCAAUUUCUUCUGGGAUACCAAAGGUGCUGAAGUAUUGACGCAGAAUGUUUUUGACGGUUGCUGCAUUCGAUGAGGCUCGUAGACAGGCGACUUCGGUCCAACCAGAGAAGCGGUCAGUGUAAAUCAGGUAUCUUUGCCCUACCAUAUGAAAGAUGUCCGUGACGGCUAGCUGAAACGGGUAGGAUGGUUGAGGUGGCUGUUCGGCUGGUUCUUUCGAUUGUGAUGGGGCGGUCUCGUUGCAUCUUCGGCAGUUGAGACGUUUGUUUUGUAUGUCCGAGUUCAUACCUGACCAGAAGAAACGUUGUCUAGCGUUGCUUUUCAUUGAGGAAACUCCUUGGUGACCGACAUGGAGCUCAUCGAGAAGACGUUGUCGAAGAGAUUUCGGUACGAGUGGUAUCCCCUUGGAGAAGAUUAAAUCAUUACUGGUAUACAGGCGUUCACGUAGAGACCAGAACUCGCGUAGAUUUGAUGGAACUGAUUCUUUAUUCGUUGGGAAUCCCUCUUCGAUAAGCUGGCAUAGAUGGUGGUAAUUUUUGUCCGUUUGUGCGUGUUUACGGAUAGUUUCAAGACGAAUAGUGUCAGUGGGUCGUUCGAGGGUAAUUUCCUCUUCAAUGUAGGCGAUAUGAUUGUCGAGGUCAACAGAUGCGAUGGGUUUCAUUCGUGACGUUGCGUCAGACGCAGGAUUUAGUUCUCCAGGUAUGGGGAUAACUUUGAAAUUGUACAUAAGCGUUUUUUCACGGAACUUAAACACUCUAGGAUUUUCGAUUUUCUCUAGAGCGCGACUGUUGAAAAUAGGAGCGAGGGGUUUAUGGUCGACUGUUAUGAUUAAUGAAGGGCAGCCUAGGACGAACAUUCUGCAGCUGUGAAGUCCGAACAUAAGGGCUAAUGCUUCACCCUCGAUAGGGGCGUAUCGGCUUUCCGAGUCUCUCGUAAAUCGGGAACCAGCGUAAAUUGUUUUCCAAUGAUCGGGGCCGCAGAAGACGUCUUCUUUAUUUGGGCAAUGGCAAUGUUUUUGAAACAGGGUGAAACCUAUACCGGUUUUUUACCAAUCUGUCGAUAACCAGGUCUGGCGGUUGAGCUGAAAAGAUUUAACCCCGUCUUUGAUAGCGUCAAUGAUUGCUACCUUCGAUCGUUGGAAUACAGUUUCUAGGGUAUCGUCCCAAUAAAAUUUUUUACCCUUCUCUAAUAAUUCUCGAAAGGGUGCCAUUACUGGGGCUUGGGCAAAGGCGUAUGUAGUUUGGUUGAUUAAGCCGAACCAGGAACGUAUAUCUUUAAUGUUUUUCGGUGUUGGGAAUUCUUGGAUGGCUUGUAAUAUUCGAGCUGGUGGUCGGUAACCAUCCUCAGUUAUAUCAAAACCGACAAACUCUACAACGUCCCCAGCAAAGUGAAAUUUUUCUGGAUUAAAGAUGAUACCGUUUGUUGCACACAGGUUGAUGUAUCUAACGCAAUGCCAAAACGAUUUGGUAAUGUCAUUAUCCCAAAGGAUGGAAUCGUCAAUACAUCGAGCUACUCUAGGAAAGUCUUUGGUGAUAUCAUCAAAGCGCUUGGUGUAUCCGUCCCCGGAAGCAUGGAAACCUUGAGGUGCGCGAAGGUAUCUAUAGCGUCCCCACUCGGUGAUGAACGUUGUUGCAUCACGGGCUUCUUCGGACAAGGCGACACUGUGAUAUCCGUUCCAAGCGUCUAGGACGGUUUUCUUGACUCUUGGGGGUAUGGCGCUGACAAUAUUGAACAGCGUUUGGGUGUGGUGCGUCUCUCGACGAGUAGCUUUAUUCAGCUCCUGGAGGUCGACGGUUCGCCUGGGUGUUCCGUCCUUUUUGGGGACAACGACCAUACGAGAACACCAUGUUGUUGGGUGACCAGGAGGAAUGGGUUCAAUGAUCCCAAGCGCCACGUCGGAAUCGAGUUGGGAUUUCACGGUGUAUUUCCAAUGAUGUGGAAUCGGGAUUGGGGUGUGUACGGCCUUGGGUGGAUGGUCUGGUAGGAACGAUAUGCGAAGAGGUUCACCAGCCAUUACUUGGAGCUUCUGGUGUUUACAUACAUUAAACGCGCUACUGGCGUAAUAGUCUUUAAUCCAUUUCUCAACAUCCAUUCGGUGGUCAUUUGUUGGCGGAAAUGGUAGCUUGUCAGGUAAUGGCGGGCAUUCUGUUCUAAUCUUACAACCACACGGUGCGAUGGAGGUGUCUGGUGUGCUGGGUUUAGUUAUAGCGGCGUUAACGGAAGGAUCGUUGGGAAACGAAUCACGUAAAAUGUCUAAGCGUUACAGGGCGGUUUGUGAGAGGUAGGUGGUGCUAACCCCCUCACAUAUGUAUAAUAGUUCUGUAGUUUCGCCGUUGGCUUUGAUAAUAUCGACGAGGAGGGUUCCGAUAAUUGUUAGUUUGUUAUUACCCACUCCCCUCAGGCGAUUUUUUGUAGGUAGAAGCCAUCGCUUGGCUUGCGUAAUGUUCUUGAGUAUAUGUGGUCCGGUAGUGCAUAUCUGUGCACCGGUGUCGGCAACAGCUUUCUCGUUGACUAGAUGUGGGAUUUCAGGCCAGUGUUCAUUAGGCCGUAGGUUUAUAUAAGCUUUCUUGUUUAUCUUAAUUUCAAUGUCUAACGUAGGUGAUUUUUCUGGUGUGCUUGGGAUAAAACGAUUAUCGACUAGAUCACCAUGUGGGAGUCCAUCUAGUCACAAUGGGGAUGCGGUAUCUACUGCUGACAAUAGGAAUUCGGCAGAUUCAUCGGGUGGGACUUCAAUCGCCGAGGUCUUGGGGCUACGGCAGACGUUAGCGAAGUGGUUCAACUUAUUACAGUUUCUACAAGUCCUACCGUAGGCAGGGCAAGUUGAACGACCCUUUGGGUGGAAGGGCUUUCCGCAUCCGAUGCAAGUUUUGUUGUUGUUGUUGGUGGUGGGUGGACGGGAUGAUGGCUUUGAUUUCAAGGCAGAUACGUCAGAUGUCGACUGGUGUGGUGAUUGAAAUUCGGAUGAAGCGCGUUCAGUUGAUUCCAAUGUCAACAGACGGGUUGUAAGCUGGCUCAAUGUUGUUAAUAUUUCCAUUUCAGAAAGUACUUUCGAUUGAUGGGACGAAUUUCGGAGACCGGCAAUCAGCUGAGAUCGAAUCAUUUCGUCAGCGUAUGAAGGGUUGCAUCCGUUGUCUCCACAGGUUCCAGAGCAACUAAAUCUACAAAGCAUAGCUUGGGCUUUCAAACGGCAAAUAAAUGAGGUAACUGUUUCACCAUCACUUUGUUUUAAUUUGUAAAAGUGUUGGCGAUAAACUUUGGGGUGUACGGCUUUUACGGAUACUGACUUGAUGAAUCCAACCAAGUCAUUCUCAGACGCAGUAAGCAGAGUGUCAGGGCCGAUAAAAUUAAACAACAUCUCGUUUACCUUUUGAGAGCAUGCAGCUCUGAGUUCGUUUCUGACGUCCUGCCCACUCGACAAGCCGGCCAUCUCCUUAUAGCGGCUCCAUUCGUCCUUGAAGAUGAUCCAACGGUUAUCGGUGGAAUCGGCGUCAAUAAUGGGUCUCGUAAGCUUUGCACGUGAUCUUCCUCCGACAGAUGGGUUGGCGGCGGGUAGCAGGGACGGGAGUUGGGCGAACAGUGUGGUCAUUGUUUUUUGCAUCUCGAGGUGUUGCUGCUGCAUUUGAAUGAUCAUCUCGGCUUGACUAGGGGACGGAGCGGCGGGUAACGGGGCGGUGGGCGGUAUGCCGUUAUCUUGUGACAUGGUCAAAACAAAAUGGCGGUGUGACCACGGAUGAAAAUCGGAUGAAAACGAUUUAGAAUGUUUUGUAACCCCUUUGCAACAAUUAUGAGCAAAAGAGAUAUGAAAAGUAUGCUGAAGUGAGUUUGUGUGUUUUAUACAAUAUACAAAGUUUCAAUAAUUAAUGGGAUAUUCAAGGUGCGUUCGAUGUGACGUGAAGAGACUUCGUUUAGAAGAUAUAGAAUGUUUGUUAUGUUUUUGUUGUUGAACGUGUAAACGAGCGUGUAAUGUGUUGAAUGUCUGUUUCUGAUGUGUUCAGUUUUUACUUACGAUGUUUUUUUUUGUUGAUAAGAGAGUGCUUGCUUGCGUGCAAUCUCACCAAUUGAUGGAAAAAUAUCCAGGAGUCGAAGGCUCACUUCUGACACCAUGUAUAUUCGUUGAUAACUGACUGUUAUUCUCUGACCUAACAUACUAAGAUAAAAUACAAAUCGGAUCGGGUUAACUAUCGGAUAAAUAUAAACGGGAUACAUAUACAGCCACUUUAAAUAUUUAUUAUUAUUAUUAUUAUUAUUAUUAAGCUUAAAUCGGGAAAAAUUAAGAAACGCCCAGGCUGAAGCCAAGCAGUGUGUUUCUUAUAAAAUAAAAUGUGUAAUAUAGAAAGUGUUGCGGAGAGGAUGCCAAAAAGGCAUUAAGUACGUUAAAGAAAGAGCACGACUUUGGUGGCCCAUGACUGCCACUAAGUAUUUUGUUUUUGUUUGAAAAUUUAAUUUAAUUUCGCUUUUAAAAAUGAAAAUAUGUUUUCAAAAUAACAACUGAAUUGAGUAUAACGGUCAAUGUUUUUAGGAAAUCAUUGCAAAAAGGGGGAUUUUGCUUUUUGGAAACUCUUUAGAGGGUUGCAACCUUUAACUAUAGUAGAACCAGCUGUCAUUAGACAAGAAAUAUCAUUACAGCUAGCUGUUGUGUCACAUCAUCAAUUCGUCUUGGCCAUGGCUGCCAAUCAGAAAUAAAAUUAAUUUUUAAAAUUAAAUUAAAUUGACUUCUCCCAAAUUAAAUUGAAUUGAUUUUGUGCAUGGCCCAUCGCCUUUAGAGUUUAGUUGGACUGGCAGCCUUUGUGAAAUAGCACAUUUCAUGUACCUAAAUUGAAGUAAUUGGCUACCAAGCUUGAAAUCAAAAUAAGCGUGGCAUAUUUUGAAGCAUAAGAGUUGACUGGGUGGUGAAGUUAAUUACUUGUUUAAGUUCGAGACGAUAUCUAAUGGUUUUCUGGGUUGCUGCCGCUGGGUUACAAGUCUACCUUGGUGGUUUCUUGGUCAGCCCAAGCAUUACGAUACGAUUUCACAAGUGUUCAUGUCUAAGGUCAAAAAGCUUUUUUGUUCCCAGGUUUGCUGCUUUUCAUUCUUUGUCACAACCUUUCUAAGGGCUGGGUUCCAAGUCUACCUUUCUUAGCCCUGGCUCUGUGCCAGUAGGUAAAAGCAACAACAAUACGAUUUAUAGUUGUUGACUCUUCUUUUUCCAACGUUUAGCAAAAGUUAUUGGUUUUGGCGGUUGGUAUCAAUGAAUGUUGGUGGUGUCUUGCAGGAGGCAGGGGAUGCUUACUCAAGGGCCUGCACCAGAUCCCAAGCAUGAGUGAAUUUCACCAAUCCUUAUUUUUCCACAUUCAUAGGUGUUUCUUUCAGUACAACCGAAAUCCAUUAGCUUUUUGAUCAUCCCUGUAAAGGCGAGAAUACAGAAGUUCUUCAGUGGCUUCUUAUUCUUUGGAGAGAAACCUCCUGUUUUUUCAUUCACAUCUCUGUCUUAAAAGGCUAGUUAUAUCUGCAAUGCGAUGUAGUUACUCCUAUUCUCUCAACAUCAGGUUCAUUGCAUUGCUGGAAGAAUGACCUCAUUUUCAAAGAAGGUUUAUUAAAGUAUGUUACACAAAAUUUGAGAAGGGAAGAAAUAUUAGAUUUUGUAAAAAGGGACCAUAACCAAUAUCCGUGGAGCUUACGUACACUAGAUCGCAGCCUUCGAUAUUUUAGUAUCAAUUAUACUGAUACUACUGUAAGUAUCUCUGAAGCAGUGCAAACAGAGAUUGACGGACCUGGGUGUUUACUAGGUUAUCGUGCUAUGCAACAGAAACUAUCUCAAAAUAGACGACCUGAAUGUACCGAAACAUUUGGUAAAUAUAGUCUUGAGCGCUGGGUGUCCACCAGAGUUAGAAGAUAGACGGCCUAGCACAACAAAGAGAAAAAAAGGACACUUCACAACAAAAGGUCCUAAUUAGGUUUGGUUGCUAGACGAUCACGACAAGGUGAUGGGGUAUCAAAAUUCUGCCUUUUCUAUUGCAAUGCCACCCCUUUGUAAAUUAUUUUCUUGUAUUAAUACAGCCAGUAGAAAGAUUUUGUGUAUAAAAGUAUGGAGCACAAACUCUAAUCCAAAAGUUGUUGGUAAAUGGUAUUUGGAAUAUAUUUACGGAACUAAAAUUCGUGGUGUUACGCCCACGCAUAUUACCCACAGCAGGUCCACAGCAACAAUUAUCUGUGUAAGGCUGAGUGUUGCAGCUCCAUAACACAUGUGGAAAGCUACAGCCACGGUCACAAGUCCUGGCGCGCAGAUAGUUGUUUGCUUCUUAAACACAUUCUCUAAAGAAUAAUUUUAUAUUUAUCCGUUUAAGGAUAUUCACGUUAUGAUAAGUUUUAUUUAUCUCAUUUGUACGCUUUAAUAUUUAUUGUUUAGUGUUGUGUUCUGUCGCUGUUGUAUUUUUCUGCCUUUUACGGUCAAUGUUUUUAGGAAAUCCUUGCAAAAAGUGGGAUUUUGCUUUUUUGAAAUAUCUCUAGAGGGUUGCAACCUCUAACUAUAGUAGAACCAGCUGUCAUUAGACAAGAAAUAUCAUUACAGCUAGCUGUUUUGUCACCUCAUCAUCAAUACCAAAGUACCUAAGAGUUGCAAAGGGAAAAGAAACUGGUGUUAUGGCAACUAUACAUGCCUUCCUGAGAAGUAACCACAAUGAUCUUGAAGAUCCAACAGAUUCUGUACAGUAUGAGCCAUCUACAUCUAAUCAAGUAUUAGCUUUAUAUUAACCUUCGUAAUUCGAAGUUGUGUAUAUAUAUUAUCUGCAAUAUUUUUUUAGAUAAACUGAUGGUGGCGCGAGUUGCACGAGAGACUUGAAAAAUACUAUAAACUUGCGUUAAUUUGGCUAAAAGACUAAAAUCAUUAUGAUCCAUCGAAUGAAGAAGACAGACUAUCCCUUGCUUACAUUAUGAUUCUAUUGAUGCAAAGAGAAAUAGACGAAUUCAAGGAAGCAAUAUGGAACCCUCACGGACAUACGAAAGCAGAAAGAGACCUACAUGCCAGACGGUGUACCUAAUCAUAUCUAUCCAUUUCCAAAUCGAUAUGAAUUGGAGGAGUGUGGUAUGUAAUUUCUAUAAUUUACUUAAAACUUUAGAUUAUAUACAAGUUAAAAAGAAACCAAAAAUAUCUAAGUAUAUACAGAACAUGUUCUUGUGCACAAAAUCUGUUCUGUCAAGUAACUGCUACAUUUACAAAAAAUAUAUAUAUACAAAAAAUGAAUAACUAAUUAAACUUAAAUUUAAAUUUAAGUGUAGCAAAUAAAUUAUUAGUUUAUAUAUAUUCCUUGUAAGUAUUUACUUAACAAUUGAUUUGUAAUUAUUUUUUUGCACUGGUUUUUGGAUAGUGAUGACAGCUUUUUAUCACUGUGUUGGUUAUUAAUUGUAUUCCAGCAACGGAUUGAUUGAUAUUUUAUACUAUAAAUUCCAUACCGAGUGGUACUAACAUUUGGAAGUAUUAGGUUAUUGUUUGAUGCAUUUCUAGUAUUAUGAGUAUGAGUAUUUGCAACCAGAGUGAAAAUGCCUUGCAGAGGUUUAGGCAAAUUUUUAUGAUAAUGAUCAUACGCAAAUAAAAAGUCUUUCAGCUUAAUUGUGUCAGGAAAAGUAAGUAUUUUUGAUUUGUUAAAUAAUAGAGAAGUAUGGCUGUUUGCAGGUUUGAAGUUCAUAAUUUUAAUUGCUUUAUUUUGAAGGGAGAUAAUUCUAUUCAGGUAGGUGCUUUUGUUAUGUCCCCAUAUUUGACAUCCAUAAGUUAGAUGUGAUGAGAAGAUAGCAUGAUAUAUAUUAGUUAAAAUAUUACAGGAAACAUAGUGUCUUAUUUUAGAUAAUAUCCCAAUGGAUCUGGAUAGUUUUACUUUAAGAUUAUCUAUGUGUAUAUGCCAUUUUAAAUGUUUGUCCAGAGUGAUCCCUAAAUAUUUAAUAGAUUCAGAAGGUAAAAUUUUAUGGCCGUUGAUUUUUAUUUUGAUAUCAUAGUCAAUAGAUUUCUUUGGAUGGGUAAAAAGGAUGAUUUCUGUUUUACUAGCAUUUAGGGAUAUUUUGUUGGCCCGGAGCCAGUUGCAAAGGAAUCUUAGAUCAAGGUUUAAUUGCUUCCUUAUUGAUUUUAAAUUAUCACUAAUUGUCAGUAAGUUAGUAUCAUUUUCAAAAUGGUGGACUGUUGAGUAUUUAAUUGCAUUGUUUAGAUCAUUAAUAUAAAUUAGAAAUAGUAAAGGUCCAAGUACAGACCCUUGGGGUACUCCUAUUGUUAUAUUUUGGACAUUUGAAUCAAAACCAUUUAUUGAAACAUAUUGUUUUCUGUUACUAAGGUAUGAUCUGAACCAGGAGUUAGAUAGUCCGCAAAUUCCAUAAUUUUCAAGUUUUUUUAAAAGGAUUGUAUGAUUAACAGUGUCAAAUGCCUUUUGCAGGUCAAUGAAUGUGCCACAUGCAAAGUUGUUGAAAUCUAAAGUUUCUCUUAUUUUCUCUGUAAUACUGAAGAGUGCAUUAUUAGUGGAAUGAUUUUGUCGAAAACCAAAUUGUAGAUCAUAAAUACAAUUGUGAUAGUCUAAAAAAUUGUAUAAUCUGGAGUGCAUGAGUUUUUCAAAAAUUUUAUUAAUAUUAGAGAGGAGUGAUAUUGGGCGGUAAUUGUUACAUUCUAGACUAGAUCCUUUAUUUUUAUAUAUAGGUAUAAUUUUUGCAAUUUUUAAGUUAUCUGGAUAGAUGCCAGUCGAAAAUGAUAGAUUUAUUAUCUCGCAUAGGGGUGUUGAUACAUUGAAUUUAAUAAAUUUAAAAAUAUUGCUGGGUAUACUAAAAGGUCCGUUUGUUGUAUUUUCAUUUAAAGAAGAUAUCAGUGGUAUUAUUUCAUUUUCAGUAGUAGGAUUGAUAAAAAAGAAUUGUGAUUUGCGUCAUUAAGGUAAUUAUGGAAUGGUUUAUUAGUAGGUGAAAUUUUAUUUUGAAGUUUUACUCCUACUGUGGAAAAAUAGUUAUUAAAGCAGUUAGCAAUAUCAACAGGAUUAUUGUUAAUUUUAUUGUUAAUUUUUAGGCUAGUAGGAACAGUGGAUUUCAUUUUGGAUAUGCUAAUAAAGGUUUUGAUUCCGUCCCAAGUUUUUCUAAUAUUAUUCGAGUUUUCAAUAAAAUAUUUUUGAUAAUGUUGUUUUUUACUUUUUCUAAAUUUCUGUAUUGUUUAUAAUUAUUGUGUAACAUAUUUUUAUAAUUAUCAUUCUUUCUGUAAUUUAUGAAUUUUUUCAGUAAUUUAUGUCUUAUAGUGAUAGAUUUACAUAUUCCUUUUGUAAUCCAUGGUUUAGAUUGUUGCUUCUAUUGUUUUUUGACAUCUUCUUUAAAGAAUUGGAUUUUAUGUUCAAAUUUGGAACCAAUAAAAAUUGAGGUAAAUGAUCAGAUAUGGAUGAAGUUAGGUUUCCUGAGACACAAUUGGAAAAUUCAAGACAGUUCGAAAAUAUAAAAUAUGUUAUCAAUUAGCGUUUUAGAUCUUGGUGUUAUUCUUGUUGGUAGUGUAAUAUGUGGUAUAGAGAGAUUUGAAAACAAAUUAUUAAUGAAAUCUGAACUUUGAUCGUCUUUACUGAUGUUGAGUAAAUUUAUAUUAAAAUCACCGGAUAUAAAAACACUUUUGUCUUCAUUCAUAGUUUUGUUAAUUAUUGGUUGAAAAUAGUUAGAUUUAAAAUCAUCAAUUGACAUUCCUGGAUGUUUGUACACACAGCCUACAAUUGUAUUUUUUUUACGAGAACUAAUUAUUUCAAUAAAUAUAGAUUCUAAUUCUUUAGAUUUGUAUAUAUUCAGAUCAUCUCGAAUCUUACAAUUAAAGUGAUUGCGUCCAUAUAAUAAUGUCCCUCCUGCACUGGAUUCAGUAGGAGUGUGGAAUAGUUGAUAGCCUUCUAGAUUAAUAUCGUAGUUUGGAUUCAAAUUUUUCAUAAUUUUUGUAUCAAAAAUAGCUAAAAUGCUAAAAUCAAAAUUUAAGAUAUUUAAUAAGGUCUCAAGAUCGUGUUUAUGUCUAGAUAAAGAAGCUAUAUUCAGAUGAAAAAUAGAGAAGAAAUUUUCAGAUUUAAAUUUUGACGAACAGAAGUCAUUGAUAUCAUAAUAUUGACAAUUAAUGGUUGGAUUAUCAUCAUCAUUAGCUUUAUUCAUGUUGGAUGACAAAUUGUUAAAUUCUUUUAGAAGAGCCUCGAUAUUUUCUGAAGGUUUCAUAUUAAGUUGAGAAGAUGUGUUACAUUUAAAAUUUAUGUUUUUUGAAUUAAGAAAAAAUUGAACAUUAUUUAGAUUUUGAAAAGGUAGUGUUUUAGCUGUGCAAUCAAUACAAAACCAUGGUGUUGUGGACUGUUUUAGUAAAUUAUAACUGGUAUUAUCUAAGUUGUUACAUUUUAUAUGAAUCCAGUGGUUACAAAUAUCGCAUUGAAUUGCUCGGUGGUUAUUAUUAACUUUUUUUUUUGCAGAUUUUACAGGGAAAAUUAAUCAUAGGUUGUUAAUUUGUAUAAAAGAAAAUAAGUGCUACAGGAAAAUAAAUAAAUAAAUAUUAAAAAUAAAAAAAAUAAAAAAAAAAAUAAAAAAUAAAGAUUUAACAAAAAAAAAAAAAAAAAUGAAAAAAAAAAUAAACAUAUAUAUAUAUAUAUAUAAAUAAAUAAAUAAAUCACACAAAACACCAAAGGGAAGCUACUUAGUAAAUGUUAUUCUCACGAGAAUUAAACUGGUGGUUGAGUGGACACAAAACACACACAGGUAUCCCAAGCCAAAGUGGACAAAAGUCAAUACAUAAUAUAUAUAAAGUCAAUAUAUAUAUAUAUAAAGUCAAAUUCCAUAUAUAUAAUCAAAUUCUUUUAUGUAAAGUCAAAGUACACAUAUGUAAUACAUAAAGUCUAAUAAUUUAUAUACAUCAAAUCUUCUUUAUAUAAAGUCACUUUAUUAUAUUAUAUAAAGUCAAAACUAAAACUGUAAUAUAUAUGAAGUCCUAAAUUAUUAUAUAUAAUAUAUAUACAAGGCUAAUUUUUAUAUGCAAUGUCUUAUAUUGUCCCGUGUAAAGUCAAAACAUUAAAGUCAAACUAACGAUAACUUUUAACAGAUAAAAAGGGAGGGGGAAUGGAAACCAACGCAGGUCACUGUGUGCAGGGUCAUAAACAAGUGCUAUGCAAGAUGGCGGAUCAAAUUACGAUCGAAGAAUUCUUACGAGAUUUACCUUCCCAAAUUCGUCUUGCAAGACGACAGCUGUUUUCAAGUGAUCUCAACGCAUGUGAGUAUUGGUACCGACGGACAGAUGAAUAUCUUACAACACUGCAGGUGAUAAGAAAUCGUUUCGAGGAAGGAAAUGUAAGAGGUACAAUCAAUGACAUUGUUAUCAAUUUAGAUCAAAUUGUUUUUGAGAUUCAAACCCUUAAAAACCAAUUCGACCUACAAGUAAGUAAUCAUGAUCCGACACCAGCAGUUGCUAGAAGUAGCUGCUCUAGUGAGAAUACAGGAGCUAAUGGGAGACCACAAAAAAUUGUGGGGAAAAAUGAGUUGGAACGUCUGUUUUCAAUCCAUCGUUCAUGGAGCAAAGUGGCUGAAAUCAUAGGUGUCUCUAGUAAAACUAUAUCCAGAAGAAGAGUUGAAUUUGGAAUGAGCAUUUCGAAAAGGUGUGGAGAACGCCAGUUUUACACCAAAAUUAGCCAGGACAAUCUCGAAAGUAUUGUUCAAGAAGUACUCAAUACUUUACCGAAUGCAGGGGAAUCAUAUGUGAUAGGAGCUUGUAGAUCUAGGAACAUCAACGUACAACGCGCACGAAUUAGAGAAGCUAUUGUUGCAGUUGAUCCGGUGAGUCGAGCAUUACGUAGAACCAUCAGCAUUGUACGAAGAGCAUAUCAUGUGAAAGCUCCUAAUUCGCUGUGGUGAGCACAUUUAA